CAUCAUAUUAGAGAGGUAUGGACAUUUUUCUUUGUGAUGAAUAGCCCCAGAUGACUUUUGAGCAGACAGAUUCUCUGAAAAGAGAUUAGAAAACAGUAAGACACAAGCAAAGAGAACAGACAGGAGGUGACCACUGCCAUUCCAAGAAGAUGAAUGUCUCAAAGGAAGGCUGGGAUAGGGUGACACUGGUUGAAAUCAAAGGAGGGGGAGAAAUCCAGGAACACAGGAGUUGGUACAAUCUGUAGGGACUGGUAAUAAUUGGAUGUGGGAGGGGGAAUAAAAGGUGGGGAUACGUCAUGAUUAGAUACACCCAGCCUUCUGGGGUGAGUGGGGUAAAGGGAGUGAGCUGAAUCAGAAGAUCAGGAAGAUUGCACCUCAGAGAAUACAAUGAUGGUUGCAAAAGGCAUCUGGUAUUGUCUUCUAUCACUGUCUUAAAAGGGAUUCUAAAGGGAUUUUCUUUCCCUUGUUCCUCCAGCCCUUCACUUGCAUUACUGGCCUAAGUGGAUACUCACCAGCUGGCCGUGUCCAUCAUUACAGCCAAGUCUGAGAAUUCCUGAUUAUACUUAGAGCCUGUGGAGCUGCUGACACAAACAGUCAUUAGCAGACGACCCUUUUGGAACAAACCAUGCUUUAAAAUGUAAACUGUGGGGGCAUUUUCCUUGUGUUGUCCAGAAAAGAACUUUCUGCUGCCUGAGCCUGGAUUAAUCAUGAGAGAGCUCGUCAACAUUCCACUGGUACAUAUUCUUACUUUGGUUGCCUUCAGCGGGACUGAGAAACUUCCAAAAGCUCCUGUCAUCACCACUCCUCUUGAAACAGUGGAUGCCUUAGUUGAAGAAGUGGCUACUUUCAUGUGUGCAGUGGAAUCCUAUCCCCAGCCGGAAAUUUCCUGGACCAGAAAUAAAAUUCUCAUUAAGCUCUUUGAUACCCGGUACAGCAUUCGGGAGAAUGGUCAGCUCCUCACCAUCCUGAGUGUGGAAGACAGCGAUGACGGGAUUUACUGCUGCAUAGCCAACAAUGGUGUGGGAGGAGCUGCUGAGAGUUGUGGAGCUCUGCAAGUGAAGAUGAAACCUAAAAUAACUCGUCCUCCCAUAAAUGUGAAAAUAAUAGAAGGAUUAAAGGCAGUUCUACCAUGCACUACAAUGGGUAACCCCAAACCAUCAGUGUCGUGGAUCAAGGGGGAUCGCGCUCUCAGGGAAAAUUCCCGGACUGCAGUUCUUGAAUCUGGGAGUUUAAGGAUUCAUAAUGUGCAAAAGGAAGAUGCAGGACAUUAUCGCUGUGUGGCAAAAAACAGCCUGGGGACAGCAUAUUCCAAAUUGGUGAAGCUGGAAGUUGAGGAAGAGAGUGAACCUGAGCAAGAAACUAAAGUUUUUGCCAGAAUCCUGCGGGCUCCUGAAUCCCACAAUGUCACCUUUGGCUCCUUUGUGACCCUGCGCUGCACAGCAACAGGAAUCCCAGUCCCCACCAUCACCUGGAUUGAAAACGGAAAUGCUGUUUCUUCUGGGUCCAUUCAAGAAAGUGUGAAAGACCGAGUGAUUGACUCAAAACUUCAGCUAUUUGUCACCAAGCCAGGACUCUACACAUGCAUAGCUACUAAUAAGCACGGAGAGAAAUUCAGUACUGCAAAAGCUGCAGCCACCAUUAGUAUAGCAGAGUGGAGUCAACCACAGAAAGAAAACAAAGGCUACUGCGCCCAGUAUAGACGGGAGGUGUGUAAAGCUGUCCUGGCAAGAGAUGCUCUUGUUUUCUUCAACAACUCCUACGCAGACCCUGAGGAGGCCCAAGAACUACUGGUCCACACGGCCUGGAAUGAACUGAAGGCAGUGAGCCCGUUCUGCCGGCCAGCUGCAGAAGCCUUGCUGUGUAACCACAUCUUCCAAGAAUGCCACCCUGGGGUAGUACCUACACCUAUACCCAUUUGCAGAGAAUACUGCCUGGCGGUCAAGGAGCUCUUCUGUGCAAAAGAAUGGCUGGCGUUGGAAGAAAAGACCCACAGGGGACUCUACAGAUCUGAGAUGCAUCUGCUCUCUGUGCCAGAAUGCAACAAACUCCCCAGCAUGCACUGGGACCCCAUGGCCUGUACCAGACUGCCAUAUUUAGAUUAUAAAAAAGAAAACCUAACAACAUUCCCACCAAUGACAUCCUCAAAGCCGAGUGUGGACAUUCCAAAUGUGCCUUCCUCCUCUUCUUCCUCCUUCUCUGUCUCACCUACAUACUCCAUGACUGUAAUCAUCUCUAUCAUGUCCAGCUUUGCAAUAUUUGUGCUUCUUACCAUAAUCACCCUCUACUGCUGCCGACGACGAAAACAAUGGAAAAAUACAAAAAGAGAGUCAGCGGCAGUAACCCUCACUACUCUUCCUUCUGAGCUUUUGCUGGAUAGACUUCAUCCCAAUCCCAUGUACCAGAGGAUGCCACUCCUUCUGAAUCCCAAAUUACUCAGCCUGGAGUAUCCCAGGAAUAACAUUGAAUAUGUGAGAGAUAUCGGAGAGGGAGCAUUUGGAAGGGUCUUUCAAGCCAGGGCCCCAGGCUUACUUCCCUAUGAACCUUUCACAAUGGUGGCAGUGAAGAUGCUCAAAGAAGAAGCCUCAGCUGACAUGCAAGCAGACUUUCAGAGGGAGGCAGCUCUCAUGGCAGAAUUUGAUAAUCCUAACAUUGUGAAACUCUUAGGUGUGUGUGCCGUGGGGAAGCCGAUGUGCCUGCUCUUUGAAUACAUGGCCUUCGGUGACCUCAACGAGUUCCUCCGCAGCAUGUCCCCGCACACGGGGCGCAGUCUCAGCCCCGGUGACCUGCCUUCCCAGGCCCAGGCCUCCAGCCCCGGCCCCCCACCCCUCUCCUGCGCCGAGCAGCUGUGCAUCGCCAGGCAGGUGGCAGCGGGCAUGGCCUACCUCUCGGAGCGCAAGUUCGUCCACCGGGACUUAGCCACCAGGAACUGCCUGGUGGGAGAGAACAUGGUGGUGAAGAUCGCCGACUUCGGCCUCUCUAGAAACAUCUACUCAGCCGACUACUACAAAGCUAACGAAAACGAUGCCAUCCCCAUCCGCUGGAUGCCCCCGGAGUCCAUCUUCUACAACCGCUACACCACCGAGUCCGACGUGUGGGCCUACGGUGUGGUCCUGUGGGAGAUCUUCUCCUACGGCCUGCAGCCCUACUACGGGAUGGCCCACGAGGAGGUCAUCUACUACGUGCGGGAUGGCAACACCCUCUCCUGCCCGGACAACUGCCCCCUGGAACUCUACAAUCUGAUGCGCCUGUGUUGGAGCCAGCUGCCAGCCGACAGACCCAGUUUCACCAGCAUCCACCGAAUCCUGGCACGCAUGUGUGAGCGGGCCGAGGGAGGCCUGAGCGUCUGAGGUCCCAGCCAUGCGAAGAGGACCCUCCAGCCUCCUCUCAGACUCUGGGAGCCAGAGGCGCCCAACGCCAGAGGCCCCCAAGGGGGCCCAGAGAGGAAAGAAUAGUAGAGGCACGGGUACCUCCUGUUUCUCAGAAAAGACAAAGACUGCGCAGAACUCAUGGGUGGAUUGAAAACGGGUGACCGGAAAGGCGGCGAGGAAAAGUGUCAGGUAACCGGAAGGAAGUAACUCCUCUUCCUCUUGGGGAAACGUUUGUAUUACAUAUUGUACGGGAAAGAACGUCAUCCUGUUUGGUUCCAGAAUUUGCUGGCAGCAGAGUCAGACUCUGCUGUAUUCAUUUUUAGUAUGAAAUGCAGUUGAGAGCUUCAUUUUUGAAUAGACUUAAUUCCUGUCCGUGAGGAAAGGAGUGUAUCUUCCUGUAAGAAAUUUAGCUCAAGCACAGAAAACUGAAAAGAAGGAAAACCCAUUUAUUGUCUCCCCACCCAAAGACGGGUGUGGAUUUUUAUUGAAUUUCUUUCUUGCGUUUAAUGCACAAUUUGUUUGUAUUCCACAGAGUUGUGGUUUACUUUACUGAUAGGAGGUUUCCAAGGAAUAAAAUGAUAAACCAGCACAGCAAUAUUCUUAUUGUGAUUUUUAGUUCCCUUUUUUGGUCUUUGUUCUUUUUAAGAAGUUUUUCCUUUGUGUGCACUUGUCAUGAAUUUAAUCUGCUUAUUCUAUUCCUACAGUUUUUUUUUUUCCUUAAAAAAAAUCUUUUGUGGCUAAUUAAUUGCCUUUAUUGUUUAAUUUUUUAUUUUAUUUUUUUGUUUUUCCAAGGCUGCACCCAUGGCAUGUGGAAGCUCCCAGGCCAGGGGUCUUAUCAGAGCUGCAGCUGCCCGCCGUAACCACAGCCACAACAAUACCAGAUCUGAGUUGCAUCUGUGAUCUCCACAGCAGCUCAUGGCAAUGCCGAAUCCUUAACACACUGAGUGGGGCCAGGGAAUCAAACCCAAAUCCUCAUGGAUACUAGUCAGGUUCAUUACCAGAGAGCCACCAUGGAAACUCCUUAAAUUACCUUUUUCAUUGAAAAUUUUGUUGAUACCUUCUUCUUUGCCCUAAUCUUUAUUUCUUCCUCUUUCCAGGACUUUAUGUUCUUUUUUAGUUAUUUAGCUAUUUUUUCCCUUUUAUUCCAUCCAUACAACAAAUACUCUGGCAGAAAUGAUAACUUUCUAAAUUAACAUUAUGGACUGAUAUGCAUAUAUCUUUUGCAAAGUAUUACCAUUUUCUUUAGUACUUGCUUUUGAAGCCACACAUUUCAAAGUUGUCAUUAAUUUUAUUACCACAGUCUAAGGCAAUAAAUUUCUUAAACCAUAGAUUAUAGUAUGAGAUUUCACCAGAUGCUCUUGAGGCUCUGAGUUAUAUCAAACCUGAUGUUUUUGUGCAUUCUGACGGUUUUUCAUCUUCUAGAAACCAAUUCCAUAGGCAGCAGAAUUAAUAUAGGGUUGUUUACCAAUUUUCUGUGUGACUAUUAACCUACCCUGUCACAGCUUAUGAUUCUUAAAAAGAAAAACAACCCUCUGGAACUCAGAUUCUUGGUCCACAAGAUUUCUCAGUGAAGACCAUGUGAUAUAUCUUUAUCUGAAGCCAACAUGGAUAAUAUGAGUUUGUUCCUGAUAUAGAUAGUAUGAGCGCAAAUUCUCCUGAGAAGCAAAUAAACAGGGAAGAGACCAUAGCAGUCUGCUCUAUACCAGCUUACUUUCAUUCAAACACAUUGGCAGUGAGGGCAGUAGAGCAAUGGUCUGAAUUCUUGAUCUUCAACUGUCUGCUGGAAGGCUCUACCUGAAAUCUCCAGAUGCACCUGCAUGCAACGACUUCGUCAUCUUUGCUGGAAAACUUGCCACUUCUUGGUCAUAGUCACUCCAAGCAACCAAGCAGAAACAGUUUUUCUCCUUCUCCUUCAUCCAUGAAAACUCUAUCAGUUUUACUUUCAAAAACCCUCCUGUGCCCACCAUCUCCCCUUCUAUCCAUCUGCCCAUUACUCAAACUCUAUCGCUGCCUAUUAUAUCAUCUUUCUCCCAGUCAGGACAGUGCAGAUUCCAUGGGCUAUGACAAUGCUUGCUUCCUCACAAUUCUGAUUUACAAAUAAGGAAACCAGAGUUAGGACUGGGAUCUCAAGAGUGGCAUUAGGUUAAAAUCAUGAUGUAAGUCCAAAAUCAAGAUGUUCACCAAAGGACUAGAUAAGGAAUAAGGUUGCAGUGUGAGUCAAAGACAGAAGGCCAAGAGGCCAGCAACACAGAACAUUUGGAGAGGACCACCAGCCAGUCUGAAACUUUCCUGUAGAUGUUCAUGGCAUGACUUCUGUGUUGUAUCUGCUCUGCAGACUUCACAGACAUCUUCAGGUUUCCUCAGCUAACAGUUUCAUUAUAAAAGAAAGACAUGGAAGUCAGGCCCAUCAAAAAGGCUACUCCAUAGAAAAGCAGGGCCAGGGCAGUUAGAGUCACUUGACCUGCCAUGGGGCUAUUGUGGCAGAGAUCAUGCCACCCCCCAGAACCAGGUUUCCAUAACCCCAUUCUACUGUCUUCCACUUGGAGCUCUGCUCUCCUUCUGCUCUUACUUUCCUCUGCCUUCCUCCUGACUUCUCCAGCCUCAUGGAUUCUCUGUCUGCAUGUCCUUUAGGCUCUGGUAUUCACGAUCGCAAAGCAACACAAUCAUGGAGAUAUAGGUAAAGACGGUGAAUGAAUAAGUGAGCAAGCAAGUAACUAUUAUAGAAAUAAUCCAGUUUAUUAAAUAUGUAAAGGCACUGAAACCUAAAAUCUCACCUAGAAAUCCCAUGACAGUAAGUAAUAUCAUUAGCUAGCAUUUAAUGAAUGCUUGCCAUGUUUAUUCUAAGACCUCUAAAUACAGAUUUUUUAAUUGCAGUGAAUGUAUUAACUUAAAACACACCACAUCCCUGUGACAUCAGCACUAUCAUCAUGCCCAUCUUUUAGGUGAGGAAACGGCAAAGAGAGAUUGUACAACUGGUCCAAGCACACAGAGCAGCAGAGUCCAGGCUAUGACCAAAGGAGGCUAAACCCUCAGUCACCAUACUGAGGGGCUUCAGAUGAUUAUAGAGCAAACAACUGAAUUGCAAUGACUCUAUGGAGGUGAUUUCUAAUUUGCAUGUAGUUUCAAAACAUACACCAUAUCCCUUAUACUACUACUCAUAACAUUAACUAAUAGCAAAAAAAGUAUUUUUUGGCAUUGUCAACUUGAUCAAAAAAUCCAAUAGGUGUCAUGUUAAUUUGUUGUUGUUAACUCUAAAUGCAUUUUCAAGUUAGUCAAGAUCACCAUGUUAUUUCUUUAGUGCUCAUCCCAAGGUUCUGUAUCUCAGGGACAUGGGCCCAUUAUCUACCAGUAUUGUUCUCCUUUUUUAAAUAUAGAUUUUCCUUUCCCAUUGUAAAAUCAUUACAUAAGUUCAAAACAGAAGAUCAGGAGAGAGACGGGGCCUUUGUUACCAAGUGUUAAACAGGCAUCAGUGAGGCACCAACACGUGAUCAUGACAAGGGUUCCAGGGAUUGCACAUGGCACUAAAAACACACAUUGCCUGGUAACAUGAUGGAGCAGAAAAAGAGCACUCUUUCCACUUUGCAGGAUAUUACAAAAGCCCUAUAGCCUGUAACAAAUGGGCUAUUUAUGUAACAUAAAAGCCUAAUUUAAUUUCUGAACAAUAGUCUGUUUUAUGGACAUACCAUAAUUCAGUUAAUUUCUUCUUUUUGAAACAUUUGAGUUUUUAAACUGAAAACAUUUGAGGGUUUUGUUUUUUUUUUAAUUUCACGAUUACAGACAAUACUGUAUUGGUCAUCCUUAUUUGCAUAUGGCCAUAAUUAUCUCUUUAUGGAAAUUCUGAGAAAGGGAAUAUCCAGGCCAAAUGGCACUGACAAAACUAAAUGGCAUGUGUUGUCUUUUUAUCUAGAAAUUUGUUCCCUUCUCUGCCUUGUACAAAGAAUCUCAUAGCCCUAAACAUUUGCUGUCCUACAUAGAGAAUUAAUUCUCUAUUUUUGAGAAGACUUUUGUUUACUUGGUUAUAGGAAAAAUGGUGAUCUCGUUUUGAUUUUAUUUUUAAAUUACUAGUGAGGUUGAAUUAUUCUUGUUCCUAGGUCAUGGAUAGUUUUUAUUUUGAGAAUCAUCUGUAACUCAUUUUUCUAUUGCAUAGUUCACUUUCUAACUAGAAAUUUGUAAGUCACUUAAUAAAUAGUAAACCUUUGUCAUACUUUUCACAAAAGAAAAUUUAUACAUAUUUUUAUUUGAAAAUAGCAUUUGCUUUAUUAUUGCAAAGGCAAUACUUGUUUAUUUUUUUAAAGAAAAAAUAAUAAGCAAUAAUACACAUAUAAAAAGAAAAUGAAAAAAACACCAACUAGUGGUAACUAACAUUAACUUUUAUAAAUAUUGUUCCAGCCCUUUUCAGGUAGGUAGGUAAGUAAAAAGAUAGAUGAGAGAUAGAGAUAGAUAAUCAUUUUAAAUGAAAACAAGAUCAUACUUUUAGAUUGUUAAAAGCUUUGUUUUUAAUCACUAAAUGUAUCAUAAACAUCUUCAACAUCAAGAAGUAUUCAUGUGCAACAUAACUUUUGAUGAUUGAGUAAUAUCUCAUUACAUGAACUUAUAAUUUACCUAACAAUUAUUCUAUUGUUGGACAUUUGGUUUAUUUCUACUUUUCACUAUAAAAUACAGUAUUUUGAUAAUACUGUUUCUAAUUUGUGAGCAGCUAUCUUGAGUGAUUUCUUUAUAUAUAACUCCUAGAAUUGGAAUUUCUAGAUCAAAGGGUAUAUAUGCUUUUUAAAGCAUUGACAAAUUACCCUCCUAAAUUAUUUUAUCAAUGUAUAAAUCUCCCAACUAGAUCAGAAGCCCUUUUCUUUCAACCUCACCAAUACUGAGCAUUAGCAUUUUAAUAAUUGCCAAUAUAAUAGUUCACAUUUUUAUUUUGUAGCUUUUGCUCACAUUUCUUUAAGAUAAGGUUGAACAUUUUUUUUCGGUGUUUGGAGGACAAUUUAUUUACUCUGUGAUUUACCUCCUUUUGUUAUUUUUCUUUGGGGUCUAUCUUUUUCUUUUUACUUUAUAAAAACUUUAUAUAUUGAGUUAAAUUUUGCCAUACAUGUUUUGACCACUUUAUCAUGUUAAAAAUGUUACUUCUUUUUGUCUUUUACUAUCAGAUUUUACUAAUCAGGAAAGAAUGUUGAAUUUUCAGUCUAUUGAGAUGACUGUAGCUUUUUCCUAUCUGUUAAUAUGUAGAAAUGUAUGAAUUGAUUUCCUAAUGUUGAAAUAUCUUUAUGUUCUGGAAAUAAACUCUCUUUGGGUAUCACAUCAGUAUUUUAAUUUACUAUCAAAUCUGUUUCAUUAACAUUUAUUUGCAUCAGUAUUUAUAAACUCGUGAAACUAAAGGUUUAUCUUUUCUCUGUUAGAUUUUGGUAUCGGCAUUAUGCUAUUUUCAAAAUCUUAGGAAGUCUCUUUCUCAGUGACCUUGGUUAGCUUUUUUUAAAAAAUUGUUACGUAUUAAUAAAAGCAAUACAUGCACAUGAUCUUUUAAACACUCCUAAGAAGGGUAAACAUAAAAAAUAAAGGUCCCCUCCUUCAAAUCAUCUCUAAUUCCAGCCUAAGAACAAACCACUUUACCCAUUUCUGGUUUCAGUUCUGCUGGAAAUUACCACUGCAAUUCUAAUAAAUAACUUACAUGUCUUUCUGAACUGGUCAGUUAAAAAAGGGGUGUAAUAUCUCCCUUCAUAAAAGAUGAACAGGUUAGAGCACUUUUACUUAAAUCCCUCUCAAUUUCCUGAGUUAUGUUAAUUAUUAUCAAUUAUAUUGUUUACCAUUAUAACUUUUAAAAAUACUCUUAAAGGCUACCUAUCAGUUCUGGAUACAGUUAAAACUCUCACACUUCCUUCUACCACUUUCUCCCUCCUAUGUUCUAUCACCUGUUUCUAUGCUCUACAGCUGCUUCUAUGCUGUCAGGAUCUAUAAUAUUUGUAUUUUGUUCUGCAACAAAUUAAGAUUUGAGUGUUGACUCUAGGUUGAUUCUAAGCAUGAAAAAAAAUCAAUGUCUACAGUAAGUAGGUGGUUUUGUAAAUAUUUAUGAAUUUCCACGCAAAUAGUUGUAUUCAGUUAUUUUAAUUUGAUAAUAUAUUUUAAUAUCCAUUAAUUCUUUUUACAUCCUCUAUUUUACGGCUGAAAUGUCAUUUAAAAUAUCACAGAAUUUUACAUUCUGUUCUUUAUUUUUUUCUUCCUCUUUCUUCUGUCUCCUUCUCAUGCUUUUUUUUCCGCAAAUGUCUGGCAAUUGUUGAUUUAACAUCUAUAAUUACGAAUGAAGAGUGUUUUGAUUCCUCUUGGUGUUGGGAGUGUCAUACCUUUGCAAUUUUGUUAGAAUGUUUAUGCAGCAUGGCCUCUCUUCAGCAGGAUGGCUACCUGGGGACUCUGCCUAUAUGGUUUGUAGGGAGGGCAUAGGCAGGCUGAGUUAGAACUCCCCCAACUGCCAAAAGUGCUGAAAAUACUCUACUCUGAGGAAAUAAUACUUUGGUACAUUUCACUCCUGGAAAAAGCUGUUACUCCUUCACUCAUGCCAUCCCCUGUGAGAGUCCAAGAUUCUCCCUCUCUUCUAUCUGCUUCCCUACCUAGAUUCAACGUGCACAGCAAGGGCCCUUCUCAGGCAAACCCUGUCCCCUAUGCGCCCCCCCUCCUCGCCCCCAUCUAUUCAGAGAGCAUUUCGUGGGGCUUCAGCUGGUGCGGAAGACUCUCAGUCCACCUGUUCUGUAUACAAGCCUCGAGUUGACCACCCUGACUGACAGCCCACAGGCUGUGGUGUGCUCUCUUGCAUCUGCCAACUCAGAGCCUGGUGUCUUUAUCCACAUGAAAUCAUUUCCCACCUCCCCUGACAGCUGGCUCCUGUGUACAGCAGGCUGUAGUUUACAUUUCCUAUGCCUUCCAUGAUUCAUAAAUAAGACCGUUAGAUACCUUCUGCUUUCCAAAUAAUUGUCAGCACGAUGGCACUUAGAUUGGUUUCGGCAUGUACAUAGACUUAGUCUUAUUCAUAUGUAUUGAAUGUCACAUCAAUGACAUCUUGGGAGGAAAGGAAAGGGUUCAGUCAGUCUACCAUUUUGAUCAAGAAGCCUCUCUCGAAUAGUUGAAGUAGCUUAGGAAUUUCUUAAUUUUUGUUAUUAAAGUAUAGUUGAUAUAUAAUGUUGUGCCAAUUUCUGCCAUACAGCAAAGUGACCCAGACAUACAUAUAUACACAUCCCC